AACCAACCAAGCCCAAACCAACCAAGUAUCCUCCAACAAAACCAACUAAGCCCAAACCAACUAGGUAUCCCAGAACAAAACCAACUAAGCCUAGACCGACCAAGUAUCCUCCAACAAAAUCAACUAAGCCCAAACCAACCAAGUAUCCUCUAACAAAACCAACCAAGCCCAAACCAACCAAGUAUCCUCCAACAAAACUAACUAAGCCCAAACCAACCAAGUAUCCUCUAACAAAACCAACUAAGCCCAAACCAACCAGGUAUCCCAAAACAAAACCAACUAAGCCUAGACCGACCAAGUAUCCUCCAACAAAAACAACUAAGCCCAAACCAACCAAGUAUCCUCCAACAAAACCAACUAAACCCACAUCAACCAAAAUUUCUCCAACAAAACCAACUAAGCCCAAACCAACCAACUAUCCUCCAACAAACGUUACAAAGCCUCCUUUUGCAGGAACAUCUGCAAACACCCCACCUGGAUGCUUGACAACACCAAAACCAUCAACAAGCGUUGCACCCACAAGGAAAACUUCACGUGCACCCUCAUCAAGUUCGCAGUCUACAAGUGUGCCAUCUGCAAGUGCACCUGUGAAUACGUCAACUGCAAGUUUACCUUCUCAUACCACACCACUUGACAUUACAGUAAGCAAGACAUCUGAAAUAACAACACCUGAAAAUACAACAUUGGUCAGUGUAACCCCUAAAAGUUUAUCACCCUCGAGUAUGCUUGAAACUUUUCAUGCUAAGAUCGUUGCGAUAACCCUGGUCUUGGCGAUUAUCAUUGGUAUCCUCAUAACGAUUGGAGUAAUAAGGUACUGGACCACUGAUAGCAAUGUUCAACCAAGCCUUAGCAACAGAGUAUACAUCCCAGAUCCAUUGUAUGACAUAAGACAUUUGGACACGUCGUGUGAGGUUGAAAUACACGUCCCCAAACAGGAUGAAGCCAUUUCAUCAUGUUUAUCACAAGGACGCUUAAAAAGAGACUCAAAUUCGUAUCAAAGCCAAAGAACAAGUUCUGAAGCCACGUAUGCCAACGUGCCCAGUAACAGCUUUGGGCAUACAUAUGAUGAUGUCAUAAGUUCAGGCGGUAAUUCUGAGAUACCAAGUCAAGUUUCAGAAAAUGGGUACGAGCAAGGCCCUCGUCAACUAAAUUUUGGUGAUAACCAUGAUUCACUUCCAUCACAUAUCACCAUUAUACCUAAGAUAACAUUACCAGAUCCAUCAAAAACCUUUAAACUGGUAUUACUACCAUCACUUAAGCCAACUAAUACGCACAAAUCAAAUAACAGACAUUUGAACAUUACAACUGAUGUCAGUGAUGAUGAUAUCAGUGCUAAUUUCAAAGUCUUUGAUGAUCCAGUCACUGGCUUAGAUUCAAAUGGCACUGAGAUUAGAGGCACUGGCGAUAUGUCUCAACUAAUGAGGCCAUGGACCAAGACAUCAAAUACACGUCGAGUUAAUAAAAGCAACUGGAUUCUGAGACAAUCCCCGAGUUAUUUCGAUGAUGAUCAUAAUCAUAUCUUGUAAGGUAAAAUGGUCCAUGAUUCCUUAUACAAGGUGACAUAAAAAUGAAACCAAUCAAUAAAAUGAAUACUUUCCAAAGACUACUUCUGAACAGUCAGUCAUAGCUAGGUGCAAGUACUUAAUAUAGAAGUAUUAUAUUAUACUAUAUCAUAUCAUAUUAUAUUAUAUUAUAAUAUGUUAUAUUAUAUUGCUUUUAUUUACAUAUUAUUAUGAGCUUUAUUAUACUUGUAUCCCACAUUUGGGCAAAGUGUACAGCUUAAACGGAAAAAAUGAAAAAGCUUAACUAAUUCUCUAUAUAUUAUAUUAACUAAUUAAAGGGUG